CAGUGCAGCUCUGGAUUAAAACAAAAAAAAAUUUCCAGAAAUCUUAAAAAGUCACAGGAACAUGAAAAAGGGGAUGGGGGAAAUUUGUCUUCAGUGUUCCAGAAAAGUCCACCCUCACCUCGUGGGGAGUGGAUUUUAGAAAAUGGUGCAAUGACUAAUGAAUCACACAUGAAGACAGAUGUAAAAGAAAAGGGAUGCAGGAAAGAAAACCAACAAGGCCAAAGGAGAAGGCGAGCAAGUAGAGACAUGAAAUAAUUCACAGUUGAACUAUACAGGGUUUAUGGAUUGACUGGCUGUGGGAACUUUGUGGAAGACCUCUGGGUUUUUGACACAGCAAAUGAUAGAGCCAUUUCCUGAGAAUGAGAGUGCCAGGAGAGGAGCUAGGAGGAACAUCGUGAGGUAAGUUUUGGACACUUGAAUUAGAGGUAUCUCUGAGGGGACCAAGCUGAAAAGCCAAGCGGGCAGUUAAGUAUGUGGGUCUGGAAGACAGAGGCCUGAGGAUGUGUAUUUGGGCAUUGCUGUGGUUUGAAUGUCCCCUUCAAAACCCAUGUGAAAACGUAUUCCCCAAUGUGGCAGCAUUGAGAGGUGGGGCCUUUAAGAGGGGAGAGGUCAUAAGGGCUCUGUCCUUGUGAAUGGAUUAAUGACCAAGAAUACACUGAAAACCAAGGUUAAUGGGGGUAGACUCUUACUGCCAUUUAUUAAAUCUUACUAUCAGCUGCACUGACUGGAAUGAGUACCAGAGCAGAUAACUCAGCAAACCAGGAUGAAGCCCCAGUACACAUGGGCUUGCUGGGGAUGGGGGACCAGCCCCUUGGUCUCUGGCUACCUCUGUCUAGUUGAAUAGAAUAUGUCGAAAAUCUAACUCCUCAUAAUCAGGUUCAGCUAAUUAGAUGCCCUUGAGGUAAUUUGGAAGGAGAAGAGAGGUGAAGGCACUUGCCUGCUGCUGCUCAUGGAGACCUGACACUUCCAUGGUAAGGAAGCACCUGGUAUAACAGCCCUGUGGCCAUAUUCUCCAGGUGUUCAGUCCCUAUAGGCUACCCCAUCCCAGUCCAGGAGACUGCCUGCGGACACUCCGCCUGCAGGUCCUCCAGAUGGAGUAAUUGAACCAAAAAUCUCUAGCUUACUCCUAAGUAUUUAUUCUGAAGGCAGAACAUGCACAGGAGACCAGACUUCUGGCCCAGCUAGCACUCCUGCAAUGUCAAAAGAGCACAUUAACAGACUUAACAGCCUGCUUUAAGCUGGGAAAAUGGCUGUGACACAGGUACCAAGGGCUGAUAGUCUAUAAAGAGUGCUUACAAAUGAGUAAGGCAAAGAUGAAUCCAAAUGGGCAAAAGAUAUGAGUAGGCAGUUUGCAAAAGUGAUGCAUAAGAACAGGUUCGACUUUACUAGUAAUUUAAAAAAGUAUGCCGAGGUGUUGGAGGAUUCUAGACAUAGUUUGAAGGUAGAGUUAACAGGAUUUCCACUUAGAUUGCGUAGAGGAUGUGAGGGAGAGCUCGAAGGUGGCUUUUCCCAGUUUGGGUCUGAGUAGAUGGAAUUGCCAGUAAUUGUGGUAGGAAAGACAGCUAGGUGAAGUAGGUUUAGGGCUGCGAGAAGAUAACACACUUAUUUGCGAACCUGUUGUAUAUUUGAGUGGAGUAGCAAUAUAAUUUUUUUUAAAGUUUCCAAUGUUAUGACAACUUUCCAAACAAAACAAUCAUUUCCAGACUGCUGAUCCAGCAACUACUCUAUUCUCAGUGCUGAAAAUUUUCAAGUUAGUCACUCUUCGUGAUACGGAGAAAUUACAUGGAUAGAAACAUGCCAAAAGACCAAGGACGAGGCCUCUCCAACUCUCUAGUCGGAAGCGGGGCUCGCUCGGCGACAGCGACCCGGCCCGACGCGCCGGCGCCGUGUCAACACUCGCGGAGACCGCGGCGGCGAACGCGGAGCCCACGGCCGCGGCGGAGGCGCCCACCCUUUUCUGCCCUUUUCCAGACCGAGGAAGGUCCUGCCUCUUUAAGAGGGGCAGCGAGAGAGUAAGCGACGAACAUGAAACGGCCUUCUUCUGGUAUUGCUACACAGACCUCUCUGCAGAGGGACAGGUUACCACAGAAAUCAGCCUCCUGGGCCAUGCCGUUUCUAAGACCUGUUUCUUCUCAUGAGUCUCCGCAGAAGAGAGAUAGGCCAGUCCUCACAAUGGAUGAUAUCCUCUGCCUGAACAAAAGACGGGAUAGUAUCUGGGAUCUGUCUGUCAUCAGACUCUGAGCUUAAUAAGGCAGCUGAAUGAAGGGAUGUAACCAGACUCCAGAGAGGGACACUGAAGCCUCCGGGGGGGGGAGGGGCCUGGACACACCCCUUCCCCCCAGACUCCUCCCCUUCCGGGUCCACUCAGCCAUGGACUUGGGACCUGGAUAAGAGGAGAGAAGCUACACUUCUGUUUGGUGGAUUUGUUUUGGGAUUCUUAGUUAUGGCAAUGUGGAGUGCUGCAUGGAGGUUUGAUAUCUCCAGGGGAGCAGCUGAAAGAGGAGAAAGGUGCAUGGCUGCUCCCUAAUCCCUAGGACUGGGUGAGCGAGCCAGGCAAGCCCCGGCAGCCUUGAGCCCUCCCCUCGCCUUGCUCCCUUGCGGGGGCAGGAUGCUGAAGAAGCAGUCUGCAGGGCUCGUGCUGUGGGGCGCUAUCCUCUUCGUGGCCUGGAAUGCCCUGCUGCUCCUUUUCUUCUGGACACGCCCGGCGCCUGGCAGGCCCCCCUCGGACAGUGCCCUGGACGACGACCCUGCCAGCCUCACCCGAGAAGUGAUCCGCCUGGCCCAGGACGCCGAGGUGGAGCUGGAGCGCCAGCGGGGGCUGCUGCAGCAGAUCAGGGAGCACCGCGCGCUGUGGAGCCAGCGCCGGGGGGUGCCCACGCCGGCCCCGCCGCGCGUGCCCGUGACCCCGCCGCCCGCGGUCAUCCCUAUCCUGGUCAUCGCCUGCGACCGCAGCACCGUCCGGCGCUGCCUCGACAAGCUGCUGCACUACCGGCCCUCGGCCGAGCGCUUCCCCGUCAUCGUCAGCCAGGACUGCGGGCACGAGGAGACGGCCCAGGUCAUCGCCUCUUACGGCAGCGCCGUCAGGCACAUCCGCCAGCCCGACCUGAGCAGCAUCGCCGUGCCGCCCGACCACCGCAAGUUCCAGGGCUACUACAAGAUCGCGCGGCACUACCGCUGGGCGCUCAGCCAGAUCUUCCACGAGUUCAAGUUCCCGGCAGCCGUGGUGGUGGAGGAUGACCUCGAGGUGGCUCCCGACUUCUUCGAGUAUUUCCAGGCCACCUACCCGCUGCUGAGGGCCGAUCCCUCCCUCUGGUGUGUGUCUGCCUGGAAUGACAAUGGCAAGGAGCAGAUGGUGGACUCGAGCAAGCCCGAGCUGCUCUAUCGCACGGACUUUUUCCCUGGUCUGGGCUGGCUGCUGCUGGCUGAGCUCUGGGCUGAGCUGGAGCCUAAGUGGCCCAAGGCCUUCUGGGACGACUGGAUGCGCCGGCCCGAGCAGCGGAAGGGGCGGGCCUGCAUACGCCCUGAAAUCUCCAGAACGAUGACCUUUGGCCGCAAGGGUGUGAGCCACGGGCAGUUCUUUGACCAGCACCUCAAGUUCAUCAAGCUGAACCAGCAGUUUGUGCACUUCACCCGGCUUGACCUGUCGCACCUGCAGCGGGAGGCCUACGACCGGGAUUUCCUCGCCCGUGUCUAUGGCGCGCCCCAGCUGCAGGUGGAGACGGUGAAGACCAAUGAUCGGAAGGAGCUGGGGGAGGUUCGGGUGCAGUACACGGGCAGGGACAGCUUCAAGGCCUUUGCCAAGGCCCUGGGUGUCAUGGAUGACCUCAAGUCGGGGGUCCCCAGGGCUGGCUACCGGGGCAUUGUCACCUUCCAGUUCCGGGGCCGCCGUGUCCACCUGGCUCCUCCGCAGACCUGGGACGGCUAUGAUCCCAGCUGGAAUUAGCAGCACCUGACUGUCCCUCCUGGGCCCCUUCCUUGCCAUAUCAUGAGCUGAGACAGGACCACAGUCCUAGGGCUGCAUUGUCCUGUCUGUGUUUCCCUCUUGGGCCCAUUUAUCUUUUGUUGUUGUUUUUUUGAGUUGCAUUUGAGUGCACAGAUGAUAACGUGAGGAUUCUCUCGUUCUCAAGGGAGGCAGACGAGGAGCGCUAUUCUGGGGUCUGUUGGAGGGUGUUAAGGCGGAAACCACUGUGUGAGCUUGUUGGGACCAGAAAUGUCCAUGUCCUGAGCUUUCUCUGGGAGCAUCUGCAGAGCGAUUGGCGACGUUAGCGCUUCGACCAGGCCCCUCUCCCUGAUCGGCUCUUGAAGCCAGGGCCUGAGCCCUGCACCCUUUCUCCCUGUCUCCCAGUUGGGGCCCUGGGUUAUGGGAAAAGGGGCGUAUUUGUGGCCAAAAUGAGACCAACCAAAAGGGCUUCCUUGUCAGGGCCAGGGCAGCAUUGUCUCCUUAUCCUUGAGCCCUGCCCAGCCCUUCUUUCCCUGCAGCCUGGCAGCUUGUGGCUCUCAGAUGGAAAGUCGAAGGGGAAAAGCAGGACCUCUCCUCAGCUCAUGUUCAGCCGUUGAGGGAGAGGAGGUGGGAGGAAGGCCUCGGGCAGCGACAACCCCUUCCUCCUCUUGCUCAGAGAGACACUGUCCCUUGACCCCCUUCCUUCCAACAGUUGGUUCCCUCCCUGCUGCUUCAGGAGGUGCCGUGCUGUGCCGGGUUGGUGAAGCCGGAAUUUGGCUCCUUGUGCCCCUUUUCCACCCAGGGUUUGGUGCACAGGCUGCUCCCUGAGGGCUGGGGCUCUGAUGGCCUCAUUGUGAGGAGGGAGAGCAGCCACAACCUGGAAGGCUGGCCCUGGCCGCCGCCCGCCCUGGGGCAUCCUCAUGUCACGUUAGGUUGGAGGGGAAUUUGUGUGUUUUUGUUUGUUGCCUGACCUCAGCUUCAUGGAAAAAAGUGGAAACUACAGAAUUAUUUUGAAAAGUAAAGGCUGAAUUGUCUGAAAAA